AUGCGCGCGCUCCUGUGCAUCACGGCUCUCGCGCAGGCGUUCCUGCACGCGCCGCGGCGAACGAUCCGCCGGCAGACGAUCCGCGCGACGGCGAGCGACGACGACGAGGGCUUCAGCAUCGCCGGCGACGAGGAGGAGGUGAGCCUCGACCUCGUGGAUCUGCUGCGGGCGCCCCCGGACGCGGCCCCGAACCGGAACCGGAGCGUCGACUACUUUGGCGAGUCGACGUCGGAGCAGGACCAGGAGUGGUCCGAGGAGGCGGACCUCGGUGCGACGGGCGAGACGCUCGAGGAGGCGCUCGCCGCGCUCGGCGGCGCGCGGCCCGCGGACGCGUCGGCCAAGGUCUUCUGCAGCCGGUCCCUGAACCUGCGGGGCAUCUCGGUCAUCGGCUACGACAUGGACUACACCAUCGUCCACUACAAGUGGCGCGAGUGGGAGCUGCUGGCCUACGAGUGCACGAAGCGGGUCCUCGAGGAGAUCGGCUUCCCCGUGGCCGACCUCGAGUUCGACAAGGACCUGGCCUGCCGGGGCCUCGUCAUCGACAAGGACCGGGGCAACUUCCUGAAGAUCGACCGCCACGGCUUCGUGCGCCGGGCCAUGCACGGCGACGCGCGCCUCGAGGGCAACGAGCUCGACGCGCUCUACGGGCGGACGCAGGUCGACCUGCGGUCGAACCGCUUCUCCUUCCUCAACACGCUCUUCAGCGUCUCCGAGGGCGUCAUGUACGCCCAGCUCGUGUCGAAGCUCGACUCCGGCGCGCUAUUUCGCGACGCAUAUGAGCCUCCAAAGUUGGAAAUUUCGCACUCUUUUCCUGCCAGGCACCGCGCGGUGACCAAGGCCCUGGGCCGCGCGCACGGCGGGGGCGGGGGCACGCCCUUCGGCAUCAAGGAGGCCGUCGUCCGGGACCCGGCCAAGUACACGCAGCGCGACCCGGACCUGCUGCGGGCGACGCUCGGCGACCAGCGGACCGCGGGCAAGAAGCUGGCGCUCAUCACGAACUCCGACUGGUGGUACAGCAACACGAUGAUGACCUUUGUGUGCGGCGGCGACGACUGGCGCGACCUCUUCGACGUCGUCAUCGUCUCCGCGCGGAAGCCGAGCUUCUUCACGACGGAGAAGCUGCCGUGCUACGAGGUCGUCACGGGCGCCGCGGAGACGGCGGACGGCGCGCCGUUGCUCCGCGAGGCGCGGACGAUGGCCGCGGGCCGCGUCUACUGCGGCGGGUCCGCGCGCCUCGUGGAGAAGCUCUUCAACGUCCAGGAGGACGAGCUGCUCUACGUCGGCGACCACAUCUUCAUGGACGCGAACGCGGUCAAGGCGUCGAUGCGCUGGCGGACGGCUUUGGUCGUCCAGGAGCUCGAGGCGGAGAUCGAGGCCGCGCGACGCGAGCGCAAAACGGGCGAGCGCAUCGACGACAUGCUGCGGCGGAAGGACGACCUGUCCGAGCACUUCAACGGCCUGAAGAACUCGCUCACGCGCUACGCGGACGGCGCCGGCGCGCCGUCGCCGCCGCACGCCCACUGGGGCUACCUCACGCGCGCGUCCCACAACGACAAGAGCCACCUCCAGCGCCAGAUCGAGAAGUACGCCGACAUCUACUGCGCCAAGGUCACGGACCUCUACAAGUACACGCCCUACCACUACUUCCGCGCCGCGCCCCAGAUCCUCGCCCACGAGAGCGACCACGCCCACGACUAA